AUGACAUGUGAAGAUCUCGAGCUAGUGAAGUACAACCUUAACCUUGACAAAGCCCCCAAGGCCCAAUCCCAUAGUCAACAUGGCAACAUGCACACCCCACUCACUAAGGGAAAAUUAGUGAACAGCUACAGAGAUCGUUUUGAGGGACUGGGAGCAUUUAAAAUGAGACCAUAUCACAUCACCUUAGAGGAGGGUGCAGAACCUGUUAUCCACCCACCCAGGUCGGUACCAGUCCACCUCCGUGAAUUGUACAAGCAAGAAAUCGACACGAUGCUUGAAGCAGGUAUCAUAGAACCUGUGGACACACCCACAGACUGGGUGAAUAGCAUUGUGUUGACAGAGACAACCAAUGACAAGGGGGAGAUCACAAAGAUCCGAGUCUGCCUGGACCCCCGGGAUUUGAAUAAGUGGAUCAAGAGAGAACCCCACUACACCAAGACGGUUGACGAAGUAGUGACACAACUAAUUGACGCCAAGUUCAAGUUUUCCAGACUGCCAUUUGGACUGGUAGUAUCGCAGGAUAUUUUCCAACGACAACUCGAUUCAGCCCUUGAAGGCCUGAAUGGCGUGACCAGCAUUGCCGAUGACAUAAUCGUGUAUGGGUCCACUGAAGAGGAGCAUGACCGAAACCUGACAGACCUCAUGGAGAGAGCCCAAGAGAAGGGGAUUGUGUUCAAUGCUGAAAAGCUUCAGUUCAAGUGCAAUGAAGUUAGUUUUUUCGGACACACAUGGAGUCCGGAAGGGGUCCCCCCAGACAAAAAGAAGGUGUCUGCGAUCCUAGACAUGGAAGCACCCAAAGACACUAAGAACCUUCAGAGCUUCUUAGAACACGAUGAAGCAUUCAAGAAGGUGAAGGAAGAGAUAUCAUCCCUAGGAGUACUUCGAUAUUUCGACCCUAAGGAAGAGACAGUCAUACAGACAGAUGCAUCUCUGAAAGGUGUUGGCGCUGUCCUCCUACAAGGUGGACAACCUGUCUGCUACGCGUCCAAGGCGCUCACAGAGACUGAGCAGAACUAUAGUAACAUAGAGCGCGAGGCUCUCGGGGUAGUAUGGGAACUAGAGAGGUUCCACUACUUCAUUUAUGGAAAGCAAUGUACAGUUAACACUGACCAUAAACCCCUUGAGUCCAUUUUCAAAAAGAAACUAACCUCAUGUCCUGCUCGUUUACAGAGGUUCGUAUUGAGGGCACUCAAGUAUGACGUCACUGUCAAGUACGUCAAAGGGUCUGAUGUCUCAAUUGCUGAUGCAUUAUCCAGACUGUCACCUCAACCGGCACCGCCCAAGGGACAGCUACCCCAGUUAAGUAUCCACCAGGUGACUGACACACUGCCAGCCUCACCAGCAAAGUUGCAGCAAAUCAGAGACCUGACCACUAGUGACCCAACCCUAAGCCAACUCAGAGACACCAUCUGCAAAGGAUGGCCAGAGUCUAGAGAAAAGUGUCCCAGUAUGCUCUACGAUUACUGGAAUUUCAGAGAAGAAUUGACAAUAGAAGAUGGCCUUGUCCUCAAGGGAGAGAAGAUUGUUAUACCACCUACCCUGAGACCAGAGAUCUUGGAUACCCUACACAAGGGACACCUGGCCCAGGAGAAGUUCCUCUUGAGAGCCCGCACCAGUGUGUUUUGGCCAGGAAUCACCAAGGAUGUUGUAAACCUUGUGAAGAUCUGCGAGGCAUGUCAAAAGCAACAACGACACAACCAGAAGCCACCAAUCUUACAGCCAGAACCACCGAGGUGA